AUGAAGCGCAUCAUUCAUGUACUUGGUUCGAAGAAAUUUAACUAUCUCGAGUUAUCCGAACAAAUUGACUUAAAAACUGGUGGUCUUAAUGUAUCAUCACAUUUAGAUGACAGUUCUUUUAAAAUCGAAGAUUAUGAAGAAGGUGUUAUACUCUCAUCAUAUUGUCUUGAUCGAAAUAUUGAUGCUAUGUUUGAUCUUUGGGAAGAUGUACUUCUUCAUUUCAAAGAUCAAUUUAAUCAACAUGAUCGUUUAAAAACACUAAUUAAAGGUCAAGCAGCAGCAUAUGCAAAUAGUGUUCAUGAAUCUGGUCAUACGUUUGCUGUUGUAUAUUCAGCUAGUCAAUAUGGGCCUGUUGAUCAAUUAACUGAAAAUUUAUCUGGUUUAACGCAAGUUAAUCGGAUGCAAGCCAUAGCUCGACAAGAAAAUUUUGAUGAUAUAACACAAAAGUUAGGUCAAAUUGCAGAUUAUGUUUUAACCAAAAAUUCAUUACGCUGUGCAUUUAACGGUGAAUCAAAUGGACUCACCAAUGGCAUGAAACGACUUGAAAUUUUUCUCGAUCGGCUACCUGGUUCAGCGAAAAAUAAAUUGCAAUCAAUACGUCAUGAAAAUGCGCAACUAUAUCUUAAAAAUGAUUUUCAAAUUGGUCGAAAUAAACUUCCAUCGAAAACUCAUUUUGAAAUGCCAUUUGAUGUAUUCUAUUCAGGUCAAUGCUUUCAAAGUGUUCCCUAUAGCCAUGAAGAUUAUUCUGGUUUAUUGAUAUUAUCAAAAUUAAUGUUCAAUAAAUUUUUACUACGUGAAAUUCGUGAAAUCGGGGGUGCGUAUGGUGGCGGAGCAUAUCUUCGUGGAAAUUUAUUUUCCUUCUUUUCCUAUCGUGAUCCGCAUUCGGUUGAAACACUUGAACGAUUUAAUCAAUGUAUUGAUUAUUUUGCUAAUGGAAAUUUUACUGAUAAAGAUGUCGAUGAAGCAAAAUUAGCGACAUUUCAAAAGCUCGAUAAGCCGAAAUCACCUGGUAGUCAAGGUAUGACACAAUUUUUACAUGGUAUUAAUGAUGAUAUGCGACAAACAAAUCGCAAUCGAAUAUUUGCUUGUCAAAAACGAAAUUUGAUUGACGUGACACAAAAAUAUUUGCUUAAGAAACCCUAUGCAGCUACAAUUCUUGGUCCUGAUAGUCCUAAAUUGGCUGUUGGUGGACAAUUUCGUCAAGUGAAAAAUGCUCAAAUGCCAUCAAUUGGAGAAUAA